CGUAUUAAUGCCAAAAUAACAUGCAAAACAAGCAUAAUAAUUUUGCUAAACAGGCGGGGCUCCACCUGCCCUGAAUAACGGGUCGCCACGGAUUGUAGUUGAUGCCUUAUUGAAAGCCUCUUGUUUAGUGUCAGUGACCGCAGCGCUUAAAAUGCAGACGACCUGGAACCCGCCCCAUGUUUUUACAGUGCGCUUUCGGUGAAGUUUAUCCCUGCAGAAAUUACAUGCGGAAGUGGUGGUCGUCCAUGCUGGUGAAAAUAGCCUCUGUUGUUGGUGGUUGCUAACUAUGAUCUUUGAGUUUACUGUAUAACUACCUAGCUGCAUUUUACACGCAUAGUGUAGUUAAAUUCAAGUCCAUUAUGGCUGGAAGUCGACUUGAAAAAUUCGGAACCGUGUUCACGCGAGUCAGAGAUCUUAUGCGUUCUGGAGUUGUCAAACAGUCUGACAAGCCCAUUUGGUAUGAUGUAUACAAGACCUUUCCACCCAUGAAGGACCCACUUUAUGUCAGACCAGUGGCCAAGAGAUAUGGGAAGAAAGAAGAGGCUGUGCCAGACAUCUUCUACAGAGAGGAUGAAAUCAGAGCGAAAUUUUAUGAMGUGUAUGGAACAGGCCCCAGAGCUUUUGAUCUCUCCAAAUCCAGCUUUGUUUCAACAUGCCAACGGUUUGUGGAGAAGUACACAGAGUUCCAGAGCCAGGGAGAGCUGGAGAAACAGUCCCUGUUUGAGGAGACUGGGAAGGCUCUCCUUGCUGAGGGCUUGGUGUUGAGGAGGAGGGGUAUUCCUGCGGUGGUGUCAGAGACCAGGAAUCCAGUGUUGGGCAUGAAGCUGACAGACAUGCUGGCGGAACAGCAGACAGAUGCACCUGGCGGAACACGGACACCAGGAGAAGAGAAGCCAACACAAGCACCAGUGACUCCACAGUAGGCCUCUGCAGCAUGGCUUCAACCACACUCUUCACCUAGAUGGAACCAACCAUCCACCUCCACUGACUAAAAAGGGGACUUUCAAAAUCUGUCCAACACUAGACAUACUCCUCAGUCCAGACUUUCUGAACAAUGUGGAUUAACAAGAAAGACUACUUGUUAUGACUUACGACAGGCCACCCCUGUUGAUAUGAGAUGAUGAUCAAUUAGCAUUGUGAGUGAUAGGUAAAGUUACUCUAUAUUCUAGAAUGUGGCCUCUUUUCCUUUUUUCCUCUGCCGCUCAUCCUCUGUUAUGUUUCAGUCACGCUGCAGAACAUUCAUGCAAGACAAGCAAGCUGUGAGUGAAAGUUGAUAUUGCAUUCUCCAUUUGCUGCUGUGACAGUGUAAUUCGGCAGUGCCUGCCUGCCUGAGCAUCUGGGAUGAAAUGGAGAUAUUAAUGCCGUAUUGCUUCACAGAGAAAUACCACUGAGCACAUAACCACAUCAGCCGACUGGGGAUAGGAAUGUGAGUAAAGAAGCAUCAAAGGUGCCAUAUUAAAAGAAAUGCAAGGUAACAUCUGUGGAAGGUAUUCCACCAGAUAGGAAAGGUUUGACAUCAACACCUAUACACUGAAUGAUUGAUAAUUAAACUCUACAAAACUAUA